GGCUACCUACUUGCUGUCAUCCAUGAUUAACAAAAAAGGAAAUAAGUCCUCCGGGAUUCAGAAUGUGUCCUGCUUAGCUAAAGGUUUUUUAAUAUGCGAUUUUUCUCCUAGGACUAUUGCAAAGGGAGAAGAAAAGGGAUACGGACCAUUUUAGGAACUCAAAAUAUUGUUUAAGUGUUUUAGAAAUUUGUAGUAGUGAGUUUGUUAUUCCUGAUUCCAGUGUAGCUUCUUAUGUCUUUGAAUGUGAUUGUGCUUGCUAAUUAUCUUAUAUAUCAGUGAUAGAAAUACUAAAUAUUAACUCACAUCUUGAAACUGAGUUGAUGUGUUGGUGUUGGUGGCAAGACAGCUUAAAGGCAAAUUUGUGACCCACUCAAAAAACAUGUAUAUAGUUUAAUACGGAAGGAACUUUUAAACUACCACGUAGGUCCAUUUUAUGUUGCCUUCUCAACUAUCUUUUUCUUUUUUUCCUUUUGCCUUUUAUGCUAAGUUGUUGAAUGUUGUAUGUAUUUGUCAACAAUAUAUAUGCUCCCCCAAAACAAAGCAGGUAAAUAAAAAUAAAAUUCAUGGGGAUUUAACACUAAGCAAAUGUGUUUGGACUUACUAGCUCUUUUCUCUGUGUGUGUGUGUGUGUGUGUGUCGUGUGUGUGUGUGUGUGUGUGUAUCUGUCUGUCUUUUUUAUGGCAGCCCAAUUUGCCACAUUAUAUGCAGCCCAAUACAUUAUCAGAGGAAUCCUUCCUCUUUCUGCAGAUAAUUUCCAAAGAGCUCCUUAAAUAUUAAAAUGCAAGAAGAUGUGUUCCAGACAUAAAAUAUGUUGGCCAACCACCCAGCAUUCUUUUCAUAAUGCUGCCAAUUUAAAUGUUUUUCAGUUCUUCAGUUUAAUCAGGUGGAAAAUCAUCUCAAGAAAGAGUUAAUUUGCUUGUAACAUCUUGUGGCUUCUGAUCAUUCUCAGCCUGCGUGGGCUGUGAGCCUAGGACCUCCAGGAUAUGCCAGCAGGCUCAAGACUUGCGCUGGGCAAAAACCAGGCAGCUGAGUUAUCAGGAGGAGUAGAAAAACCUGAAAACUUUGAUUCUGGACUGAGGAUAUUUCCCAAAGAGGACUCGACAAGGCAGAAGAGAGUACACUAGACAUCUCUCACCUCACUCUGAAUCACGCAGCAGCUACCAUUUGAGAGGCUCUGUAUGACCUGUCCUCUACUGGAUGAAAUGGGAAAUGCCGACAUCCAUAGCCAGCAUCAACUCCUGCGAAUCAGCGAUUGAACAUGCACAAAUAGGUCAGCAGAACUGGCUACAGUUAGACCACCGAGUUCUUGACCAUGAUUUGCCCAAGAAACCAGGCCCAACCGUUUUGCACUUUGCUGUGAGGUUUUACAUUGAGAGCAUAUCGUUUUUAAAGGAUAAAACCACCGUGGAGCUGUUUUUCCUGAAUGCAAAGGCCUGCGUGCACAAGGGGCAAAUCGAAGUAGACAGCGAAACCAUCUUCAAGUUAGCCGCGUUUGUUUUACAGGAAGCCAAGGGAGAUUAUACCAGUGAUGAGAAUGCCAGGAAAGAUUUAAAGACAUUACCAGCCUUUCCAACCAAAACUCUUCAGGAGCAUCCAUCCCUUGCCUACUGUGAGGACAGGGUAAUUGAGCAUUAUUUGAAAAUCAAAGGUCUCACUCGGGGUCAGGCUGUGGUUCAGUAUAUGAAAAUAGUAGAAGCUCUACCAACUUAUGGUGUCCAUUAUUAUGCAGUAAAGGAUAAGCAAGGACUUCCUUGGUGGCUUGGAAUCAGCUAUAAGGGAAUUGGCCAGUAUGAUAUACAAGACAAGGUGAAGCCUCGGAAGUUAUUCCAAUGGAAACAGCUGGAGAACUUAUAUUUCCGUGAGAAAAAAUUUGCUGUUGAAGUUCAUGAUCCACGAAGGAUUUCAGUUUCAAGAAGAACCUUUGGGCAAAGUGGCCUCUUUGUGCAAACAUGGUAUGCUAACUCUUCUCUCAUCAAGUCCAUUUGGGUAAUGGCAAUUAGUCAGCAUCAGUUUUACCUGGACAGGAAACAAAGCAAAGCAAAAAUUCCUUCAGCCAGGAGUUUAGACGAGAUUGCAAUGGAUUUGACAGAGACAGGAACACAAAGGGCCUCCAAGCUGGUGACACUGGAGGCGAAAAGUCAGUUCAUCAUGGCAAGCAAUGGCAGUUUAAUCUCCUCAGGUUCUCAAGACUCAGAAGUUAGUGAGGAGCAAAAGAGAGAAAAAAUCCUUGAACUAAAGAAGAAGGAGAAACUAUUACAAGAAAAACUUCUGAAAAAAGUUGAGGAGCUUAAGAAGAUCUGUCUGCGGGAGGCUGAGCUCACAGGCAAAAUGCCAAAGGAGUAUCCCCUGAACGUAGGCGAGAAGCCUCCUCAGGUCAGAAGACGUGUGGGUACUGCCUUCAAAUUAGAUGACAACUUGCUACCGAGUGAAGAGGAUCCUGCUUUGCAAGAACUGGAGAGUAAUUUUCUAAUACAACAAAAGCUGGUGGAAGCUGCAAAGAAACUUGCCAAUGAGCCAGACCUUUGUAAAACUGUGAAGAAAAAGCGAAAGCAAGAUUACACAGAUGCAGUGAAAAAGCUUCAGGAGAUUGAAAAUGCAAUAAACGAAUACCGAAUUAGGUGUGGAAAGAAACCCAGCCAGAAAGCAGCAGUGUUACCAGAAGACAUAAUCCCCUCAGAGAGUAGCUCUUUGUCUGACACCACCACCUUUGAUGAUCCCAGUGACGCCUUCACUCUUGCUGGGCAGCGAUCAAGUUCAGUACCUCAUUCUCCAAGAAUUCUUCCCCCCAAGUCUCUUGGUAUUGAGCGAAUACAUUUCAGAAAGUCGUCCAUCAAUGAACAGUUUGUGGAUACCAGGCAGUCCAGAGAAAUGCUGUCGACACACAGCAGCCCCUACAAAACUCUGGAGAGGCGGCCCCAGGGCGGACGAAGCAUGCCCACCACGCCAGUUCUUACCCGAAACGCCUACAGCAGCAGCCACUUGGAACCUGAAUCUUCCUCUCAGCACUGCCGCCAGCGGAGUGGAAGCCUGGAGUCCCAGUCCCACCUGCUCUCCGAGAUGGACAGCGAUAAGCCAUUUUUCUCCCUCUCCAAAUCCCAAAGAAGCAGCAGCACAGAAAUCCUCGAUGACGGGUCUUCUUAUACAAGCCAAUCAAGCACGGAGUAUUACUGUGUGACACCAGUUACAGGCCCCUAUUACACCACCCAGACCCUGGACACUCGCACCAGGGGUCGGAGGAGGUCAAAGAAACAGAGUGUUUCUACUUCAAAUUCAGGAAGCAUGCCCAACCUAGCACAAAAGGAUAGUUUGAGGAAUGGUGUCUACUCAAAGAGUCAGGAGCCACCGUCUUCCAGUUACUACAUUGCCGGGUACACGCCCUAUGCAGAGUGUGACUUUUAUUACAGUGGUAGUUAUGUCUAUGAGAAUGACACCGAGGGACAGUAUAGUGUCAACCCUUCCUACCGGUCCUCAGCCCACUAUGGAUAUGAGCGCCAGAGGGACUACAGCAGAUCCUUUCACGAAGAUGAGGUUGACCGGGUACCCCAUAACCCAUAUGCAACUCUCCGGCUGCCAAGAAAGGCUGCCGCAAAAUCGGAGCACAUCACCAAAAACAUCCACAAGGCCUUAGUCGCCGAGCACUUGCGUGGCUGGUACCAGCGGGCCACUGGGCAGAAGGAUCAGGGGCACAGCCUGCAGACCAGCUUUGACUCAGACAGGGGAUCACAGAGAUGCCUGGGGUUUGCGGGGCUGCAGGUACCUUGUUCUCCAAGCAGUCGUGCAUCCUCCUACUCUUCAGUGUCUUCUACAAAUGCUUCUGGGAACUGGAGGACCCAGUUAACCAUAGGGCUGUCGGAUUAUGAGACUCCAGCACAUUCUUCUUACACCAGCUGCUAUGGCAAUGUCUAUAAUCCUUUACCCUCUCCAAGCAGACAAUACACAGAAAUCAGUCAACUGGAUGGUACAGAUGGAAACCGGCUGGAAGACAACCUGGAGAGUAGUGAGCAGAGACUCUUUUGGCAUGAAGAUUCAAAGCCUGGAACAUUAGUCUGAACUGCAGUUGGACCUCUUGACCAAGCACUGCGUUCUCACACUAGUGUGCCUUGCAAAUCGUAUUCGUCUUCCGAGAGGAUGUUCGUUUUAGAAACCUAAAGACAUCAAAGGUUGAAGAGAAGACUUAGUUGCCCUGGAAGUGAAUCAGUGAAUCACACACGAAGCCCCACAAAGCCCCUGAAGGAGGAUUUGGCCUUUCAAACUCUAGGCACUAACCUAACUGCAGGGUCUGCCCACGUGUUGAAGUACUGCCAAGAGAGGACUCAGUGUGAAGCCUUCAUCAAUAGCAAGCACUUUUUAAGGGAAUAAAAGAUGUUAAAGGCAAACCUCAAAACCAUGAAAGGGCGUUCAGGAUGUCCCAUGGCAAUAAAGACAGGGGAAAUCUCAGAGCACAAUUCAGCAGGAUGAGAAAAGGGGAACCAGAAGCUCCGGAGUCACUGCUCACCUCACAGAAUUUGAAUUCGCGAGCUGACAAAGAAUAACAUGCUCUUUCUACACAGACAUGGACAAUUUAGACAGUAUUGGAAAAUUACUUGAAGCUGGAUUUUCAUGAAGUUCUGAAUGAGUGUAAAUGUUUUUUAGGAUAUUAUAAAGAGCGGUGUUUUUCAUAAGUACCAUAAAAUGGGUUCUGGAAAAACUUAUUACCAUAGCAUCCUGUAAUAUGACUUAUGGUAGCAGAUUGGGGAAAAUGAAGCAGCCCACUGAAUAAUUGACAAAGUCUGCUUGGAGAAUGUUUUAAGGUACAAUAUCAUUGAGCUCCUUUUUCCUUUCUCCACUAAUUGCAUGAUGAGCUAUUGUUCUGGCUGGUAAUUCUCCAACUCGGCUGUCAUUUGAAGUGGCAGACUUAAUAUGGAAAGUUUUUAUAAUUAUCAGUUUGAAAAAGUAUUUUAAGAUGAUACAGAAGGCAUCCAAAACAACAGAAAAAAAAAAGCCACAUCAUUUUAGAUGAAUUGCGUGCCUUAAAAUGGUGAACAUUAGAAAAUUAAACAAGUCUGAAUUCCACAAGUAGUUCCAAGUCACCAAGUGACAAAAACAAGGUUAACGUUAAAAAACAACAACAGCGACAACGACAAAAAACUCCAAGCUGCAGUGGAUUUCAUUAUGAGGCUAAAACUACCUCAUACUUUCCUGGGAAGAACUAAUUAGCUAUGGUUUAUUGUAGGGUUUUGUUUGUUUGUUUUUUAAAGCAAAUUAUUUCCAUAUUCCAGUUUGAUCUUUUUUGUCAUCUUCGUUUCAAAAUUCCAUAAAAGGUGCUCCUUUCCUCCCUCUUUUAUACAAGUUUCUUGUUCAUAUUGUGAAUAGAAAAGUUUCUGAACAACUUUUUGGAACAUUUUCUAUCUAUAUUCCAAAGCAUGUAAUAUAUACAUAAAAAUGAUUUGUUAAACUGGUCCUUAGUCAUUUGUAUAAUUAGAAAUGAAGUUGAGGGAAAAUGUUUGGAAAAACAAGCAAAAAAAUAACUUAUUCCUUUUUUGCAUAUUUGUAUAGCCUUCUAGAAACAGAAAUAACCCUUUUGCAUAUUCUUUUAUUGUUCUGACUUUUCAAGACCUAUUAUUUUUUUACAUAGGUCAAUAAACGAAAGGUGUGCUACUGAAAAUGUUUAUGUAUUCUUCCAUUUAUGUCAGGGCUUCAUGUGAAGCAGGUUGCAGUGUUCUACUUCGAGUAAUCAUACUGGGCAAGAUUUCGGAUUUUUAGUUAUAGUAUUACCAUAUUUUAUUCUAGGUUGUACAUUUUUAAAUAUUUACAUUUGAAAACAGGGUUCAUCUUUUGAUUGAUGGCAUAUUCUACUUGAAUUGGCAGUUUUUUCUUAAUAGUACAUUAAAAAUAAUGCUGUGUCUUACAAUAAAGUUGCCUUAGAAUUGAUGAAA